UUCGUCGCCGCUCUCCUGGCCUCGUCUGCACAUCGUCGAUUGCUGUUUCCUGUCUCUCCUCAUCCCACCUCUCCGCCAUGCUCAGAGCCUUCUCCUGCUGUUUCGGAGGACUCGCAACCCCACCCAAGGACCGAGAUGUCCCCCCGCAGACCCCUGUCUCCAAACAGCCAAAGUUCCCUCCACAGCCAAAUGCCUUUGGUCCCUGGUUCCAUCCCGUCGAGUGUCUCGUCAACACUGCCCGCGACGAGCCCGAUGCCCUCUUGAUUAAUACAUACGAGAACGGCGACUCGGAGCGCUUCAGCUAUCUCCAGGUGUGGAGAAGAGCUUACUUGAUCGCCCAGGCCCUCAAGGCGCUUCCUGGCUGGAGCGACGACGGCCACGACGUCAUCGGCACAUUCUGCGAGGCUGAAGCCAGCUGGGUGAUCUACUCCUUCGCCGUGUGGAUUCUGGGCAAGAAAACACUCAACUUUGCCCUCAACCUGCCUCCUGCAGCCCGCAAGGCCCUGUGCGAGAGACAUGCAAUCAAGUACAUUCUCUACCACCACACCAAGCCUGGUCGCAUCGAGGGUGUGACCCUGGUCGAUGCCGCCGCCUUCCCUGUGAUCGAAAACAUUCCAUCUCCGUCCCUCGAAGUCUGUGAGCCUCUCGAUGAGUUUGUGACCUUUCAGUGCACCUCCGGAACGACAGGCGUCCCCAAGUCAUACAAAUUUUCCUUCAAGGGUGCACUCACAAACAGAGAUGGCGGAGGCCCCAAAGGAAGAACCGCAGGACUCUGUCAGUUGCCUUCUUUCACCGCGACGCUUGUUCUCCUCCUGAUUACACUGAAUCUCGAUGGCUCCGUUUGGAUUCCUGAGCCCACGCCCAACACCGUCGACAAAGUCAAGAGCAUGAUCAGAAUGCUGGACGAUGGCGUAUCGUACCUCUACCUGACCCCUUCCUACAUGAAAGCGAUCAUAAAUGUGGCCCAGCUGCAGAAUCCCGAUGCCAAGUGGGAGAAAACCAAGACAAUUGCCUUGGGCUCGGAGUUGGUGCCUCCUAGUACCGUGAAUAGCACCAGACGUGUCUUCCCAAAUGCUGAAUUGGGACUCGUAUAUGGGUCGAGUGAAUCGCUGCUUGUGGGUGCACUUUCAGUUUUCCACCUCCCGGCCAACCAGAUCCUCAAAUCGGACAAGCUCGUCUACAAGCUUACCAAACCAGGUGUGAGAUGUCUCCUCUUUGAUGAGGACGGCAACAUUGUCGACCAGAAGGUCUCGAAGACUGGUGUGCUCGUCUUUGCCGUCGACAAGGACCAUCCCAUCAAGAACCACCCCAACUUUGUCAAUGCAAAUCCGAAUGACAAACUCUCACCCUUCGGCUUCCUUGAGGAUGGCUCACCUCGAAUCUGCAGCAUGGACUGGGUCGAGAUGGUUGGCGAGAACCAGUUCACUGUGGUUGGAAGAUUCGACCAGAAGAUCAAGGUCAACGGCGUCUAUGUCGACCUCAACGCCCUCGAGGAGCUGGCCAACGAAAACAUGUCCAAGAUCAUCUCGGACUGUGCCUUCAUCCAGACUUCCGAGAAGAAGAUCGUGAUGCUCUUUGUCCGCAGAAGGGGCUCUCAGGUCAACCCCACUCCUGCCGAGCUUCUGCAGCUGACCGAGGACAUGUUUGCGCUGACAAACGUCGCCAAGUUCCCGAUCCACAACUGCUUCGAGCUCGACGAGUUCCCCUUCAACGACUCGGGCAAGCGCGACCUCAAGAAGCUCAGGCGCAUCGCCGAGAAUGUCGAUCAGUUCGGCAAGUCGGUCGAGUACCCUCGUUUGAAACUCGCCAACACUCCCCUGUCCCGCACCGCCGCCAAGAUAUCCACACUUGGCAGCCAGAUCAUCGACAACCCCGCCCUCGACGGCCGCAACUACUACAUCGGCGGCGUCGGCUUUGACUCGCUGAGUGUCGGCCGUCUGUCCCUCGCCAUCAAGGACGAGUUCAAUGUCGAGAUCUCGCCACUUAUCCUCCUGUCGAACGGAAUGACACCGACUGAUGUCGCCCAGUUGGUUGUCGACAUCCUCGACGACAGACCGAUGAUUCCCCCGACCGUCCAUCUGGCUGCCGAGGCCGCCAAGCUCGACGAUGCGAGUGUGACGGCCGAGGGUCUUCCUCCGUUUGUCUAUCCCAAGGACCCUCGCGGCAUCGUCCUGACCGGUGCCACUGGCUUCCUCGGUGCCUUCCUGGUCUUUGAGCUGGCCCACAAGUUCCCUCGGGCCAAGAUCUACUGCCUGGUCCGAGCCCCGACCGAGCAGGUGGCUGUCGAGCGCAUCAUCAGCACGGCUCAGAAGCUGGUCCUCGAUCCGAGCCAGAGAGCCUUCCUUGACCACAACCUCAAGUCUCGACUCGUUGGACUGUGCGGCAACCUGUCGAAGAACAAGUGGGGACUCUCGGACGAGCGAUGGAAGGAGAUCAGCGAGGAGACCGACAUGAUUGUCCACAACGGCGCCGAGGUCCACUGGCUGUUUGACUAUGACAGACUCAAGGGACCCAAUGUCCUCGGCACUGCGACGGCCCUGAGACUGGCCACAACCCACCACCUGAAGCCGCUGCACUACAUCUCGACCAUCGGCACGAUCCCGAUGGCCAAGAAGGCAGACAAGCCGCUCGAGGAGAAGAUCUACUCGGCCUGGAACAUCUCUGGCGGGUAUUCGCAGACCAAGUGGGUCUCUGAGCAGCUGGUCAACAAGGCACGAUCGAGGGGAGUACCUGCGACGAUCAUUCGCCCAGCCGUCAUUGCUGGCGACAGCCAGUACGGAGUGUCCAACUCUGAUGACUACAUCUGGCGAUAUGUCAAGGGAUGCAUCCAACUUGGUGUUGCUCCCUCGCACGCCACUCUUGUCACGAUGACCAUGGAUCCCGUCGACCAUGUCGCCAAGGUGGUUGCCGAGAUUGCCGGCUCGGAGGAGGCCCUGUCCAAGUUUGUGUUCCACAUCAGCGACUCGGAGCACAGUGUCCUCACUGAGACCCGGCUGUUUGAGAUUGUCAGGAGCCAUGGCUGGCCGAUCCUGUUCGAGACCCGCGAGCAGUUCAAAGAGGCAUUCCACUCCCAUCCCGCCGUCGAGAGCAACGCCCUGUUCCCGCUCAUGCACAUCAUGAUGGACAUGUCCUUCAAGAUCGACAACGCCAACACCCGCUCGAUCUACCCGACUCCCUGUCCCUCGCUGGAGGGGGUUGUCGAGAAGUGUCUCAACUAUCUGCACCACGUUCGCUUCUUGGGCGAUCCCCUGGACCCGUCUUCGUCCUUCAAGAUCAAGUAUCCCGAGACCAGCGCGGUCACCCGCACCGGCCGCAACUGAGGUCCGAUGCACCACGGCGAUGG